CACGCCGACUUUUCUUUACCAUCCUCUGUCGUUUUUCACUUUUUCAGCUAUGUGGGAUGCAGAGUUUACCAGGCGAGUGCGCGCCGCUUCGUUCCACGAAAACAGCGGCAGCGAGCCCUCAGAGCCCCGUGCUCGGCACCGAAGUAGCGCAUCCGAUGCCAGCGACCCGGUAGGCGUCGUAACCCGAUCAAUGGCACGGCGGCGUGAAGCCGAGCAGCAGCAGCAGCAGCUCCAAGAGCCAACCCCGCCACUACUGCCUAACCACAGCAGCAGCCCGACCAGCCGGUACGUGCGACGGUCGCCGCAGUUCAACUACGACCGGUUCAUCCCAACACGCGCCAACGAAGCGGCCGACUACAUUGGGCUUGUGCGCGCUAGCUCGCCCACAAUUGCCGGUAGCGGGCUGCUUUUAGAGCAGCGCAUAGCAACCGACACAGCAAACCGCACCUACGACGCGAUGCUGCGCUCCGAGCUCCUCAACGACCACACGCCAAUAGCCAAUGCACCCAAACCAAAAUCGCCGAUCACCCGGCGGGCGUUGCGCGCCCAGCUGCCGCCGACCUCUCCCCAGUUGCCCUCCCUGGCCAUGCCCUGGUCGAGCAGCCAGGCGGGCAGUAGCCGGCCCAAUACGCCGCCGGCCAGCCCCGGGCAUUCGCCGGUGUUUGCGUACAAGUCGCCACGCCGCACAUUGUCCAAGUCCGGCCGCACUAUGCUAGACCGCGCCUCACCGGUCCACGAGGCGUACCAGAUGUCGCCAGUCAAGCCCGAGACCCGCCGCAUGCUCAAGCCGCAACCCGCGGUCCGCCGGCUGCCGCGCGACCCCAUCAAGGUCCUGGAUGCGCCUGGCAUCAGCGACGACUACUACCUGAACCUGCUCGACUGGUCGAUCAAGGACAAGGUUGCUGUGGCGCUCGGCUCGGCUGUAUUCCUGUGGGACGCCAGGACAAGCCAUGUCCGUGAGCUGUUCGACUCGGAUGACCAGAUAACAUCCGUGAAAUGGGCCGAGCGCGGGCGCCACCUCGCCAUCGGCACAAAUUCCGGAACCGUGCAAAUCUGGGAUACAGAAAGAUCCGUGAAGAUCCGAGACUUUGCUGGACACACGCGUCGCGUCGGCUCGCUCGACUGGAACUCCACCACCAUCAGCUCCGGCAGCCGCGACAAGCGCAUUAUAAACCGCGACACGCGCAUGCGCCAGGCCGCCGUUGUGUCGACGUACUAUGGACAUAUGCAGGAGGUCUGCGGUCUGCGCUGGUCGCCCGACAAGACGCAGCUGGCCAGCGGCGGCAACGACAACCAGCUGCUGAUCUGGGAUAUCCGAAGCACCCCGCUGAAUGCGCUGAUGCACGUCGACGAGCCCGAAAUCGCCCCCGGCGCCCGUAUGUUCCGCCGCCCGCUCUUCCGUCUCACUCACCAUACUGCCGCUGUCAAGGCCCUGGCAUGGUCGCCGACGCGUCGCGGCCUAUUGGCUAGCGGCGGCGGCUCCGGCGACAAGACCAUCCGGUUCUGGGAUUCAACCACUGGCCGUCAGGUCUCGUGCACGGACUCGGGGUCGCAGGUCUGCAAUCUGAGCUGGGCCAGGGAUGGCUCGGAGCUCGUCAGCUCGCAUGGGUUCUCGCAGAACCACGUUGUCGUGUGGGAUUACCCGGCCAUGAAGCCCGUGGGUGUGUUACGUGGCCAUACGGGCCGUGUACUGUAUAUGGCGCAUAGCCCUGAUGGCCAGACUGUGGUGACUGCGGCGCCCGACGAGACCCUGCGGUUCUGGAACGUGUUUCCGAAGCCUGUGCUGCCGAAUGCCGGCCUGGCGCUGCUGGGAGCCAGUGCCAGUGGUCUGAUGCUGGAUCUAGCUCCUGUGCGCUGAAUUUUGUUGUGAAUAAAGCUACUAUGUUCUUGGAG